GGGAACUUUGCGGUGAGACGAAAAAAUUCUGGACGAUUGGAGAGUUUUAUAAAUACAGUAGAAUUGAAAGGAAAAAAAGCUUCAAAACAUGGGCUAAAUAGCGCGUGGUUGUUUCUGGAUUCCUCUCCCAUAUAAUGCCUUUUCUUGGCAAGAAUUUUAAGAAGAAUAAAGAGAAAAAAGACAAGACUAAAACUGAAAAAAACAAAAAUGGAGUUUCGUCGCUGAGCUUCGGUCGAGCGGAUGCAAAAGUAAACACACGAAGUAAAGAAUUUUCCAAUCGCGGAGGUAACGUUAAUUUAAGACGAUCGAGCUGGAAAAACCUUAAUGCUUUAGUUUGUGCUUUAUUGAAAACCGUGAUGGUUUGGCAAUAAAUGCAUGAAAAUUUAUUUUGAUUACAUCUUGAGUUCAUCUUUUAUAUUUAUACAAUAUUCAUUUGUGGUUUUAAUAUUAAAACGCCUUGAGUGUUUGAUUGAAACGGCUUUGUAUUAAUAAUACAAGUGAUCUAUACUUAACCAAUUAUACCUAAAAGCUGACAGGAAUCUCUGUGAAUUAAUGUUCGCUUUUUAUACCCAAACAAUAUUUAUAGAUCCAGUUUUUGUGUAUGUAUUCAUUUUGGUCUAUAUUUGCUACAAUUUUGUUUGCCUGUGGGGGAACAGGAAAUAUGUAAUCAUACUUUAAUUGUUGUUAUUACAAUAGAGUUGGCUUGAUAAUUGUCAACAUAAAAAAGCAAUAGAAUUAUUUUAAUAUGGCUUGAAUAAACUUGUUAUUUGACUCUCUGCUUGUAGCAACUGUGCGUAGGUGCUUUUGGCAGGGUCAACAACAUACUUAGUCUAAGGUUCAAGUUCAGACCAAACUACAGUGACAACAACUUUGAAACCAAUACAUUUCAUACAUUUACUGGACUGUUAAACACCGGCCACUUUCAAGUCGUCAUGGCGUGUGAACAGAAUGUGAAUAUAGAGCUUUGCUCUCUUUCUCUGAACAUUUAAGUAUGACAGGAAAUCCUUAUGAGCUUAAGUUAAUCAUUAACCUGUCAAUAGGCAAGUGCAAUAUAGAAUUUUCUGGCAUGGCAGAAUAAUGUAUUUCAUAAAAUUUAUUUCCUAGAAUGUUUCUGCUUAGAAGCAUUAAUGGGUAAUUCCAUGGUGACUCAUGUUACAUAUUCUGAAAUAAAUUAUCAGAUUAAUUUGAUCUGGUGUAAUAACUAAUAUAUUUUUUUCUGUUACAUUUUUGCAUGCAGGUACAAAUAAUGGUAAACUAACUACUGAUUCACAGUAAAAAUUAAACAUUUGAUUAUAACAUGAUAAGAUUGGUGGCCGUAAAUUGGUGUGUGACUCAUGUUACGACAAAGUGACAUGAGGUACCACCAACCUAACUACUUUUCAAUUUCUUCGGGAACCAUAGGAAGGAGAAACAUACAAUGUCUAUCAAGUAACAGACUAUAUGUUAGGCAAACUACCAAUACAAGGAAUUUUAUAUUUUGGAUUACAAUAGUAAGGAUUGCUACAUAAUACAUGUGACUUGUGUUACGUGACUCAUGUUAAACAUAAAGUACAUCUUAAUAUUUCAGUUCAGAAUUGUUUCCAAUAGCUUCUGAAAAUUCUUUCCAAAAAUGUCAUCACUACCAUGGAAUUACCCUAAUGCGGUAACUAAAUUUGCUUUCCCAACAAAUUCAAAAACAUACUACAAGUGUGAUUGCUGUUGUGGAAAUAAUGUUUCCUGUUUUCCUGCAUUAUUUAGUUCACCCAGAGCUUAAAUUGCUAAGCAUGGUCUUAGGAUAAAUCUACCACAAAUGACCUGUAUUUUGCAACUGAAUGACCAGCACGUGCACUCAUUGAACCGCAUUUCUGUUCUUUCCAGAUGCACAAUUUUCCAAACAUCGACCAAUACCAUCAAGGGAUAUUUCUGAAUCAUACAUUGAAUUGCCAACUGUGAAUGGCAACUACAAUAGACCUCCGUCAUUAUACAGUGGGAGCUCUUUAGAGCAGAAGGGUCAAACAUCUCUGGACAGAACUCAGUAUAUUGAGGAGUCCGGUUCGGACGGACUCAGUGUUAACUCGAGCGACUCUAGACUUAGCAGAGGUUCCGGCAAUUCCUUAGGGAGCUAUUCGAGGGAUGUGGACUUUCGACAAAAUGGGAAACAAUAUACAAGAGAUAAUGGGUUACAGACAAAUAUGGAUCAUGUAUUGCAAUCGUAUAGAUCCCCUCCGUCUUACACAAAUAGAGUAGGAAUCCAGCGAGGCCAUUCUCAGAACGCAGCAGAUCGAUACCGACAUCCCCCGCCAUAUAGGGAAAUGAGGAACAGUAUGGGAUUUUAUGGGGUGAAACCAAUAAUGUACAGUAGAUCAGAAAAUGUGCUCAACCAUCCUUUAAGUGGACACCAGACUGCUAGCUACCCUGAUAUUCGGGCUGUUGAAGGUAUGGGCUUUAGACAAUUUGGGCAGAAAAUGCCUGCAAACAGGCAGCUAAGGAACUCAAAGCUUUUCAGAAAAGUCGACCAAGCAACAAUGACUGAUGAACUUGCAGAAGAAUCUGACUCAAGCAGUCAUGAGCUUGGGUUCCCUAUGCAGUUGUACGGCAGCUCACAGGUCGCAAAUCAAGAACAGAUGUCAUACUCAAACCCAUAUGAAGCGUACAGCGGAUUAAGUUUCUCGGCUUACACAGAACCGCAUUUAAAUGACUCAAGGAUAUAUAACUUCAAUCAAAGACCAGGCAGUCAAGGAAUUAUGAUAUCAAGUCCACCAGGGCCUGGGUUCUACUCACAAGUCAACAGAGAUAUGCAGAUGUACUCAUCACACGAAGGGCUGCAAUGGCAUGGGCAAGGGAAUUCACCAAUUGCAUCAGGUCUGGAACAAAACACUCCAGGUACAAGGCGUUAUUUACUAAAGUACAGUAACAACAACUGUCGGGUCGUGUCAGUGUAGGUGGAUCUGUAGACCCAAUUACCCUCCCAAAAAGUCAGCAUUUAUCAAUGAUUUAUACCAAAAUUUGACUGGUAUAUGCCUCUGUAAAAUCUAGACCACCCUGAUUUGCUACUUACUAUUUCAUUUAUACUCGAACAGUUUGUGCCAGCAUAGGUAGUGACAAUAACAUCAGAAAGCUGUGGAAGUGAAACUUUGAUGUUUCGAGCAAAGGCCCUGAUAGAGAAUGAAGAACCUUCACUUGAAACAUUGAAGUUUUACUUGUAUUUAUCCCUUUCAAUCUGCAGCUUUCUGGUGUUUCAUUUAAUUUAAUUUUAAUUUAAUUUAAUUUAAUUUAUAAACUUUGCCGAUGAAACAGUACAUUACAUGACAUGACAGGACAAAAACAAACGUACAUAAUGAAAUACAGUAGGUACAUGACCACGGCUGGGUGACCGCAACAGCGAAUAGCCAAUUACUGCGGGCCCGACACAAAACUAUCAUUACACAUAUAUAUACACAUACAUGCGUUACAGGUGUGAUCUUAUUUACAGUUCAACUGCAACACGAUAUUGGACGUAACAGGCUUCAAAUACAAUUACAUUUCAGACAUAUACUCUUAAAUGUUCGAGAGUUUUCAGGAUCAUAAUUAAUGUUCAGUGAUGUAAAGUAAUACUUGAGCAGAUCUGAUUUAAACACAGAAAUGCUAGUAUCCUUAGUAAAGUUCAGUUCAUCUGCAAGAUAGUUCCAAACUCGGCACGCUCUUACGAGGAAAGAUUUUUGGUAGGUGGUAGUUCUGCAUUUAGGGAUGACAUAUUUCAGUUUGUUUGGUUUGUUUGAUUUAUGCCAGUUGUGCCCAUUGUUGUCCAACCUUCAAAUAAUGAGUAAAAUUGUCUGGCAUUAGACAGAAUUAGGGCAUUCAGUAUUUAAUGAGCUGUGUUACUGUUUGUAGUUAGGUGAAAGAACAUGUCAUUUUAAUCAGCAAUUGUACUGAAUCAGAUUGUUUUUUAGGCAAGUUAACGUCACUUGACCACUCUCUCCCACCUGGGUGGACAGUGGAUUGGACACUAGAUGGAGAAAAAUUUUAUGUUGAGUAAGGAAAUCUAUAAUAAUUAUGGAAGUUUAAAUUAUGUUCAGUUAUUUUAAUAAUUAUUAAGUUUUUAAAUAUUAAUAACUUUCUUUCAGCCAUAAUAAUCAGACAACAACAUGGUGUCAUCCAUUUGAAAAAGCAGGUUAGUUUACUCAACUCUUAAUAUUGAUUUAGGAAUGAAUAUGAUUUAGAGUAGCUCAUAAUUUCUUGUCGUUGAUAUGUCAAUGCAAUCUCUCCUGGGCUUCUCAUAGGGAUGGACCAUUAGAAAAGUGAUGGGGGGGUGGGGAAAGCAAAAAUAAAAAUCGUGCAGGGGAAACAGAAAGAAAAAAAAAUUCGUGCACCAAAAAAGUUUGAAAAAAAAAAUUCGUGCAGAGACUUUUCAAUAGGGAAAAUUAUAAGUUGAAAUAAAAAAAAUUCGUGCAAGAGAUUAUAUUUAAAAAAAUUAUCGACACAAGCAAAAAAAUUUAAAAAAAUAUUUUCUAAUGGUCCGCCCCUUAGGUUUAAUACUUUCUGAUCUAUUUUCACAAUAUCACUCCAUUCACAUCUUGUGUGAGGUCAAACUGUCUGUCAUCCUUCUACAACUGAUGUAUCCAUGCUAACUUGACUGGAUCUUCUUGUCUCGAGAUCAUAAUAUCUUGCCCAAGCCAUCACAUUCUUGUUUCUCGAAUUAUCUUCCUGAUAUGUCAGAACAUUAUUUCUCAAUAAUAUGAUGAUUGUUGCAGGAUUACCUGAAGACUGGGAAAAAGUUGAAUCUCCUGAACAUGGAACGUAUUACGUGAAGUAGGUGUAUGGUAACACAGGCAAUAGGCAGUUUUCAGAUCUUAACUUCACCCCAGCUGCAUGUGAGAAAAGUACUUCCAGUUUGACUUUACCGAGCACCAUAGGUUUUUUCUGGGAACCACUGGUUCCUUCCUGUAUCUCAUUCUCUAGAGUAAACUGUUCAGAACUGAUGGAACUAUCUAAGCACUGUAUAGAUAAUGUUGGCUUAGUGUACAGUAUGUAUUGUACUGUAUAUGUCUGACUGAAAUUGUUUUGUUUUUAGUCACAGAACGAAGACAGCUCAGUAUGACCAUCCUGUAAAACACUUGCUGGUUGAAGACAACCUUCCAUAUCCCUCUAAGAACUCUUUAGUACCUGCAAAUCCCUAUAUGUACGCUGGUGAGUGUGAUAAAUGAGUUAAAUUGGUAUAUCCGAUUUGAGGCACUCAGAAAUGUUACAUGAAUAUGUUGUGUAGUGUGUACAUAUUAUACGACGAGCUUGACAGAUAUGAUAAGCUGAUUUACCAGAAAUGAUAUUGAUAUAGUGUUGUUCAAAUACUUUGAUCACUAUGCUUAUUGUCGUGUAAUUGUGUUUUCUUUAGAAAUACCAGGAUGGCUUCAGUUUUACUCUACAGCUUCAUCAGAAUAUGAUGAAUAUCUGAAGGUAACACAAAACCGUUCAUUAAUGUUGCUUCUGGACGAAAGUGGGCAAAGAAACGAUAAAGACGAUAUAACUAUUGCCCAUAGCAUUGAACGAACUAUCAAGAAAAUGUCAGCUUUGAUUUGCUCCCAAGAGCGUUACCAGUAUAGAUACCAUAGAAACUGGUCCAAUAAUAUUUCGUGUUCAUUGAAAAAUUCAAUGUUUUCGUUUUAGUGGGAUUUAUUCCGUUACCCAGACCUGGACUGCUUUCAGACGAUGUUAAAACGUCUCUACAAGAAAGAUUUGGAGCAAGUCGUAUAUAAAUACGAGGAAUACAGACAGGCUCUGCAGAGGGAGAUUGAGAGAAGAAAACAGCAGAGGGAGAUGGAGAGAAGACAACAGCAAGUGCCUCGAGCAUUUAGUACUCGUGUUUUAGCAGAGUUGGGGGAUGAGACUAGUGUGUAGGUGACCUCGUAUGGAGGUCGGAGGAUGCAGAUGGUAUUUCAUGCGAGACACCGUCGUGAAUUCGUGGUCUGUGGCAUUUCAUCACCUACAUAAGUGCCCGUUUUAGGAAACCCUAUACAGGGUAGACAAAUGGGAAUCACAGCAAAACCUGGACUGGUUUGUCUGUAUACAAGAUUCGAAGUCCGUAAUGGUCCCAUGCAGUGAGCAGACGAUUUUUCGUAUAGUUUUGAAUUCCCCAGUACCAAAGUACAUAAUAGUAGCUCACUGUUGUUAAUUGGAGUAAGUUGGACUACAUUCCAUUUUGGCGUUUUUCAUACAUACGUAUACGCACGGAAAACUAAGUUUUAUAUGUUAAGAACUAAUACUAUACCUCGGCAAAUAUACACAUUAUAGUCGUUACUCAUUAUAAGUCAGUCAAUUUGUCAGCUUAUUUCAUAUUGUAAGACUUCUGUAGUAUGGUCUGUGGAAGAGAAGAGAGAUCUAGAUGACACUGACUAUGGAAAAUAUCAUUGACAGUGUUAAUUUUAAAAAUGCUGGAAGCCGACCAGGAUUGAACAUAAUUUUUUUGGCUACAGUCUGGCAGCCGAAGGCUUGUGAUCUCAAAAAUCAUUAUUGUUAAUUUUAUUAUAUUCAUAAAUAUUGUUAGUUUAAAAUAAUUGGAUAGUGUAAACAGUAUGUUUGUAAACUCAUCAUGCAUUGUCAGUAUUAAUUGAUUGCUUUACAUAAAUGUACAUAUUUUAAAAUGUGAUUUUAUUAGAUAAAAUAUCUGGUUUAUUUAGAAUUAUUUAAUGCAGACUAAAUUGUCAUAAAAUACAAAUAAGAAAAAGC